CGGCCCAAAGCCCACGAUACGAGAACCCAUCCUUCUCCCAGCAACAGUCCACAGCGCCGUUCCACAUCUCCUCCUCCGCCCACCAACUCCGCCACCGCCGACCCGAUCACCGACCCGAUCUCCGGCCACCGCCGCCAUGUCGUCCGCCGCCACUCUCCUCCUCCGCCCCACCUCCGCUACCACCCACCAACUCCGCCACGUAUCCAGCGCGAGCCCCAAGCCGCACUUCCUCCGUCUAAACCCGUCUCGCCGCCGCCUGCCCGUCCCCCGCCUCUCCCUCACGCCCACGGCCGCCGGUACCAACUCCCCUCCCUCGCCGCACCCUCUGGCUGCACAGCCCGCGCCGGCGCCCCUGCCUUCUCUCUUCUCCAAAUGGUCCCCGCCGGCCGCGAUCUGGAGGGGGCUCUCGGCGCUGCUCCUCGCGGGCCAGGUCUUCCACCGCGUCCUCACGGGCCGCGUCCACCGCCGCAACCUCCUCGCGCAGCUCCGCCGCGUGGGCCCUGGGAGCGCGGGGGUCGCGCUCCUCACCGCCACCUUCGUCGGCAUGGCCUUCACCAUCCAGUUCGUGCGCGAAUUCACCCGCCUCGGCCUCCACCGCUCCGUCGGCGGUGUCCUCGCCCUCGCGCUCGCGCGCGAGCUCUCUCCUGUCGUCACCGCCGUCGUCGUCGCCGGCCGUGUUGGCUCAGCAUUCGCCGCUGAGCUCGGCACCAUGCAGGUAUCCGAGCAGACCGACACCCUCCGCGUCCUCGGCGCCCACCCCGUCGACUACCUCGUGGUCCCACGCGUCCUCGCUUGCGUGCUUGCGCUCCCCGUCCUUACCCUGAUCAGCUUCGCUCUCGGGCUUGCCUCCUCGGCAUUCCUGGCCGACUCUGUCUUUGGUGUCAGCGUCAGCAUAAUUUUGGAGUCAGCGCGCAGGGCGCUGCGGCCAUGGGACUUGAUCAGCUCCUUGCUGAAAUCUCAGGUGUUUGGUGCCAUUAUCGCGGUGGUGAGCUGUGCCUGGGGAGUCACAACCCAUGGAGGAGCCAAGGGGGUCGGCGAGUCCACAACUUCAGCAGUGGUCGUUUCUUUGGUUGGGAUCUUCGUUGCAGACUUUGCUCUAUCGUGUCUGUUCUUCCAGGGCGCUGGUGAUUCACUCAAGUAUGCCAUGGGUUGAGGCAAGGCGACUGGGGAGGAAAUUUUUGCUUUAUAGGAGCAUAGUUUAGUCUUGUACAUUAACAAGAAUGGAGCAGCGGAUUCAAAGAGGCGAGCAAUGCAACAUCAGUCACUCUCCAGUGGUGAGAGAGAGCUUGAAGGGUGCUGGAAACCUUGACCUGGUACCGGCGGAGAUAUGCCCAGCCGCAGAGCAUGACAAGAUGGCCGGAGCCUGGAGCUCGGCGUCCCUCUGUUUGCCGUGUAUCAGAGACCGAGGAAAGUGGUGGCUGACAACCGGAACGGGGACACCAUUUGUUGCAUUUUUG